AUGUCCCUCCUCCUCGCGCGCACAGCGCGUCCCACUCUCUUGCGCGCCUCCACCUCUACCCCCCGCGCACCUCUUCUUUCCCUCCGAAACUAUGCCAAGAAACAUAAAAACAACUCGAAGGACCCGCGCGACACCAAAGACGCCAAGGACGUGAAAGACGUCGAGCUGCCCCCGCGCGGCAAGAAGAACUCCAUCCGGACCGACGCCCUCGUCUCGCACUCUCAACAGAAAAUCCAAGACCCGGCGGCGGCGGCAGAGUAUGACAAGGCGGACGAGAAGAUGAGCGCGGCCGUCGCGUGGUUCAAGCGCGAGACGGCGCAGGGAGAGGCGCGGGCUGCUGGGAGGGUUACGCCGGCGUUGUUGGAUCCUGUGAGGAUCGUGUUGCCGGAUAUGGAGGGGUACAGGGCGAAGAUUGAAGAAGUCGCUACUGUGGGAGUCAGGGACGGGAGCGUGUUGGUCGUCACCGUGUUCGAGCCCGAAAACUUGAAACCGGUGGAAGACGCACUAUACGAGGCACAACUACCUGGUAUCACUCCACAACGCGUGGAUGAACGGACCAUUCGGAUCCCGAUACCCAAGCCGACCGUCGACGCGCGGAAAGCUGUUGCCACAUCUGCUGUGAAGCAGGCCGAGGAGACGAGGCAGCAGCUGCGAAAGGCGCAUCAAGCAGGCGUCAAGAAGGGCAAAUUUGAGAGGCAUUCAAUCGAGAUGGAGGAGUUCCAGAAGUUGCUCGACAAGCAUAUCAAGGAAGUUGACGCAAUUCUGGCAGCUGUGAAGAAGAGUGCCGGCGUCAAAUAA